AUGACUCUAACGGAGAUGGAAGAGGCUGAGAUGGAUCUUGCACGAACAAAGUCACAAACAAAGUCACGGAGUAAGAUUUUGGCGAAUGUCCCUCCUCCUGCUCCCAAGAUAGACGCGGAGACUAGGCCCAAACCAAACAAGGGCCCAGAGAAGCGGGCGCCGAAGAAGACGCGUAUAGAUGUCGAUCCCACCCCGGCAUUUCAUCGGAGACAGCUGGCGCUGCCCGGGCAUUUGCCAGUCUUUCACGCCGAUUGUCAUGUUGAAGUGCAAGAUGCUGGAAAAACAUGGUGGCCAGCUACGGUGGUCGAAAUGAAGGGCGGUAGGAUACUCUGCCAUUACGAGGGAUGGGACGCGCGGUUUGAUGAGUGGCUGGACUGUGAGAGUCCUCGUGUACGACUAUCUACCGGCACUGAAUCAGGGGACCGCCAGUCGAUGGGUUUUAUGGACGACGUACAACUUGUUGGCCGCUCAGUCAGACAGCAAACCGCACGCAGACCUCGAAAGCUUGAUGGGCUAAAACAAAUGAGCACAAGCAAGGCUCGAAAGCGUCGCAAGUCUGGAGAGGCGGAGCACAGCCCGACAAUCCUGUCGAGCUCCUCUUUACCAACACCGGCCGAAUCACCGGAGAGAAUCAACAAAGAUGACACCCCGCAACCCGACAUUCCCUUCGACUUUGCUUCCUUCAACGACCGGUCAGCGGCUAAUCGCAGAGCUCGAGAGGAAUACAUUCAACGGAGAGCAUUAGCCGCCGCUGAUACUCCGGAAAGUAUUAAGGCUCGGUUCACUCGAGGCUCGCGUGUUGAAGUCUGCUGUGGCGGUGGUGUCUGGUACACCGGGAUGGUGCGAAAAGCGCGCGGGUGGCAGAUCCUGGUUCAUUACGAUGAUUGGGAUGAUUCAUGGGACGAGUGGAUUGAUAUCAACUCCAGCAAGCUCCGGCUGAUACAGGAGGCGGAAGAGUUGCAGGAGUCGACCGAAUCCGAGAGUCAGAGCGAGGUGGAGGAGUCUGAUGAUGAAAGGUGGAAAAUAUUCUGCAAUCAGUGUACCAAACGCAUUCGCCAACGGCGAUACUUCUGCACAAACUGCGAGGAUCCCUCGGAAGGAUUCGACUAUAAUUCGUUCGAUCUCUGUCUGCCGUGUUUUCAGUACGACUUUCCUCUGGACCAUCCCCAUCCGAUAUCUUCGUUCGCCGCCGAAGCUAUAAUAGAUGGAGAUGAUCCGUCGCUGACCAGAGCGUUCACGAAGGGCGAGCUGGUCUCUUCCUUUGUUCCGGACGAAAUCGACGAUUCCGUGGUUGCUGUGAGUACCGCUUACACAGAGCACUAUCCUACAAGCAAGAGCGGCCAGCAAACAAACGCCGGCGAUGGUGCGCAACAGCAGAGGGCGUUACCCGUGAUGCCCAAAUGCGCUUUCUGCCGCACGGAACAUCAUCACCUGAAGUUCAUCGGGCCCUCACCAUUCAGGAACACGAAAUCAGUAAUGAAGCGUAAAGCGCUGUUAUACGACUCCAACAAAACGAAAUGGGACAAGAAGUCGCCCAUUUUUUGGGCCCAUGUUGCGUGCGCGAGAUACUCGCCGGAAGUGUAUUUGAACGCAGAGACGGGACAAUGGUUCAAUGUCUUGAAAGCGCUGAGAAGGUCGCGUCAGAUGAAGUGUGCCCAAUGCAGAGGGAAAGGAGCGACAAUCGGUUGUUUUGACUAUCGCUGCUCGCGAAGCUACCAUGUCGCAUGCACGAACAAGCCUCUGUCGCACUUUGAGGAAGGCAUAAUCUUUUGGUGUCCGAGGCACGAAGCUCUCCUGAACAAAAUCGAGGACUACCAGGAGGCCUUCCAUUGCGACAGUUGUUCAUGCGCGUUGGGAGCUUCAGGGCCCGAAGAACAGUGGUACACAUGCGACGAAUGCUCGCAGAGUCAUUUCGCAUCUUUCGACCUGUGCGUGACUUGCUACACGGAGAAACGGCCCAGUAUGCACGAACACUCCCUAGACAGAUUCGUGCUCGAUUGCAUGAGCCAUCGGCAAUCGAAACGCGAAGCAGAACGCGAACUCGCGAGGGAACUGAUCGCUGCUAAUGCUCCACGGAAAAGUUUACAGCCGCGGAAGAGAAGGCCGAUGGAAAACUCCUCGCGACGUCGGUGCUCUUAUUGCUGGACCGAGUCGACGCCGCAAUGGAGGAGAGGGUAUAAUGGGAUGCCGAUGUGUCAGGAUUGCUUUGAGCUUGCGUCGUCUGCCUGGUCCCGGUCGGAUAAGGAUAUGUGUGACCCGCCUAAAGACCUUGGGGGAGGACGGGCGCCAAUGGAGGUCAUGGAAGCGCUACCUGCGGCUGCUGAAUCAGAAUACACCGCCGCUGAACACGACAUGUCGGCGCCGGUUUUGAAUCCCACCUCGAUGGAAGAAGUCUACAAAACCGACAUAUCAGCGUAUAGCCACGAGUACUACCUCACGAGAGGUGUUGUCGAAAAGGCUGGUAUGGAUGGAACUGAAAUUAUGGCCGCAGAUAGUAAGGAGCGGGCGCUACUUUCCAGCUACGCUCCCGCAGACGACCAGCUGUACACCCUUGGUUUUGACACGUCAUUCUACGACAUUCCCGGUCGGGCGCCGCGGUGGGCUUCCCAUUCGGGAGGAGACUAUCACGGCACCUGGCUGCCUCAAAUUGUCAGGCUAUCUCUCACGCGAUACACUAAGGAGGGCGAUAGGGUACUGUCCAACUUCUCAGGGCGCGGCACAGACGCCAUCGAAUGCUACCUUCUGAAAAGACCGUGCUGUGCCGUGGACAUCAACCCCGCGUCCGUAGCACUCUCACAACGCAACGUUGCCUUCUCUGCGCCUCCCGAAAUCGGCUUGUCCGCGGCAUAUCGACCCAUCGUUGUCAAUGCCGACUCGAGGGAUCUGGUCGGCUCGCUUUUCAAAUCCGAAACGUACGAUCACGUCCUCUCCCACCCGCCGUACAAGGACUGUAUCUCGUAUAGUGCCCACAUCGACGGAGACCUGUCGCACUUCCCGGAGAUGGGCGAGUUCCAAGAGGAGAUGGCGAAGGUUGUUGCGGAGAGUUGGCGACUGCUGAAACCUGGAAGGCGGUGCACAUUGGGGAUCGGCGAUAACAGGCGAGAGUGCUUUUAUCAGCCCGUAUCGUUCCAGACGAUCCGGACGUACAUGGAUAACGGGUUCCAGCUGGAAGAGCUGAUCGUCAAGCGGCAACGGUACUGUCAGAUGGCGCCGUUGGGAACGUUUCUGUGCACGCAGUACAAUUUCCUGAUGUUCACGCAUGAGUUUGUCGCUAUCCUACGUAAAGUGGGGAAAGACGACGCUGGAUUCGCUUUUUUGCAAAAUAAACGGUCAGGGAUACUCAGCCCCAUUGCCAAGACCAGCAAAUGCCGUCAAGUACCCCACUCACCCAUCGACCGCGCUAGCGUCGUGAUGGGCACGACCUGGGCCUUCCACGUGACUAAGAAGCACUCUCUGGCCCGCCUCGCCAUGUCGAAACUCGUCGAACGGUUCGGCAAAGACGGCGGCUACUGGGAAGAAGUCAGCUUCAGCAAGUUCCGCAACGAGGUUAUUGAUAUGGCCGAGUACGACUCCCUCUGCGCUGAACGCGACCCGCCUGUUGAUGACGACGAGGAGGAUGGAGAAGGCGAGGACAAAUCCGUUUGGUCCGUUUACGAGAAGCGCCGCCAGGAAUUGGUGCUGAGGAACAGGAAGGAGUUGAUGGCGAGAGGCCUUGUCUCCGAGUUGAGCCCCGAGGGCGAGGAUGACUGGAAGCAUCUGCGCACUCUGCUCAGCGUGCCGGAACUCGGUCCAAGCGAGCGGCUGAAGGUGAAGCCGUGCCUUAUUUUUGUGCCGCAUAUUUGUGUGCCGUCGACGGCGAUAUUGCCGAGUAGCUGGAUUGAGGAGUAUAUGGAGAUGUUGGUGGAGUGUGCGACGGAGGCUGCUGACAGGCUGGCGGAAGGAGGUUUCUUGGUUGUGGGAGUCAAAGACGUUCGAGUGAAGAUAAAUGUGCCGGAAGUGACCAGCACGAAAGGGGUGGAUGAGGAGCAACCAAACUGUGGCAGAACCGGUGGAGAUGAUGGAAGACGGUCUCCUGAAAGCGUGAGCACGGCGCCGGAUCGUGUCGUAGACAAUCCGAACAUGGAAGUAGCCCCAGAAGAUGAUGCCUCGUUAGGCACCGAGAAUCUGCCUACUACGGUGGAACCAACGCCGGAUGAUGCCGCCUCUGUGGCCGUCGGGAUUCCGGCCUCCAUAGUGGAAGCAGCGCCAGAGGUUGACGCACCUGUGAGCGUCGAAGACAAUGAAGACCCAAUCUCUUCCAUCGGACCGACUCGCUACAUCCCCUUGGGCCUCCUCGUUAACGAAAAGCUCACAGCACACCUCGAAUCACCCUCAAUGAUCAAAAACGACAUCGGCCUGCGUCUAAAAGACUUUGUCGUCGCCGUGCCCGACGGAUACGCGCGGGACGCCAAAGCGCUGGAAGUCGAUGAGGUAAAAGAGCGGAUUGCGGAGGACGUUGCGGAAUGGGAUGAGGAGAUGAAACGAGAGGACGGUGGGGAAGAGGGUGUGCGGCGUAUACUUCCGAUUGUGCAGGCUUUUUAUCUGAUUUACAUAAAGACUGUUUUGAAGUAG